GUCUGUUCUCUGUUCUCUGUUCUCUGUUCUCUGUCUCUCUCACAAAUAUACGUGUGUAAAUAUCUAUUUCUAACUCAACACUAGCUGUUGAAGAUGCAUAGUGUUUUGGUCAAAGUUAUAUAGUGUGAACACACAUAUAUAAUAGAAGUACACAUGUAAAAGACACAGGCUCAUCUGAUGUUUUUGAAAAUCCAAAGCCAAAGCCAAAGCCAAAGCUAAAGCAAACCCAAAGCCGGCUGUCACAAUAAUCCACCUCCUCCAUUAUUUGGAUUUGUUGUGGUUUUCUUCAACUUGUGGAUUGUGGUUUGGAUGCAUGUUUGAUGUGGUGAGUGCUGGAAUUUGAAAAUCUGAUCUAUUUUGUGUGAAUCGGACAACUUCAAGAGAAGAGAAGAGAAGAGAAGAGAAGAGAAGGGUUUGAAGAAAUCUUUGAUUUUGAGGGAGAGAGAUAAAUGGGUUGUUUUCCUUGUUUUGAUUCCAAGGAAGAGAAACAGCUCAAUCCCGAUAAACAAAGAGAUCAUCGCAAUGAAAUCCACCCAACUCUCCCCUCCAACAUAUCUAAAUUAUCUUCUGGAGGAGACAGACUGAAAUCAAGAAACAAUGUGGGGAUGAGGAAGGAGUCAUUGGGGGGUCCAAAGGAGGCUCCUGAUGUUAAUAUUGCUGCACAAACAUUCACUUUCCGUGAGCUUGCUGCUGCAACAAAGAAUUUUACACCAGAGUGUUUCUUAGGGGAAGGUGGAUUUGGGUGUGUAUACAAAGGGCGGCUUGAAAGCACAGGCCAGGCUGUUGCUGUCAAACAAUUGGACAAAAAUGGGCUUCAGGGUAAUAGGGAAUUUCUCGUGGAGGUUCUCAUGCUCAGCCUUCUACAUCAUCCUAAUCUCGUUAGUUUGAUUGGGUAUUGUGCUGAUGGGGAACAACGACUUCUUGUCUAUGAAUUCAUGCCCUUUGGAUCUUUGGAAGAUCACCUUCAUGAUCUUCCACCGGACAAAGAACCACUAGAUUGGAACACAAGGAUGACAAUAGCAGCUGGAGCAGCAAAAGGUUUGGAAUACCUCCACGACAAAGCAAACCCUCCAGUAAUCUAUAGGGAUUUCAAGUCAUCGAACAUUUUAUUGGAUGAAAGAUAUCACCCAAAGCUAUCUGAUUUCGGGCUUGCAAAGCUUGGUCCUACAGGAGACAAGUCGCACGUUUCCACCAGGGUCAUGGGAACCUACGGUUAUUGUGCUCCUGAGUAUGCCAUGACUGGACAACUGACUGUGAAAUCUGACGUUUACAGUUUCGGAGUAGUUUUCUUGGAGCUUAUUACUGGACGCAAAGCCAUUGACAGCACCCUACCCCAUGGAGCACAGAACCUUGUCUCAUGGGUCUGUUUAGUCCAGAAGUAUCUAAAAAGUGAACAUUUAAAAAAAAAAAAAAUUCACCGAAGACAAAACAAUACAAAGAAGUCAAAUUUUUUAUGGGCUCGUCCCCUGUUCAACGACCGUAGAAAAUUUGCAAAACUGGCAGACCCACGAUUGAAGGGUCAGUAUCCAAUGCGGGCUCUGUACCAAGCUCUAGCCGUGGCGUCCAUGUGCAUCCAAGAACAAGCUGCCGCCCGUCCUCUCAUCAGAGAUGUGGUCACCGCCAUAUCUUAUCUGGCAAACCAAGCGUAUGACCCUAAUGCUACUGCUCCACCGGGGCAUAGCUAUAGGUUCCCCGGGGAUAAGGAUGAGAAAAGAACCAAAGAUGAGAGAGGCGGAAGGAUAUUAAGGAACGAUAAAGGCUGUGGGUCUGGGCUCAAGUGGGAUUUUGAAGGAUUCGAAAAGGAAGACUCUCCAAAAGAAACUGCAAGGAUGUUAAAUAAUAGGGACUUGGAUAGGGAACGUGCUGUUGCCGAGGCCAAAAUGUGGGGAGAGAAUUGGCUAGUAAAAAGACGCGAAAAUGCUCAAGGUGGUUUCGAUGGCACUGAUGGGCAAUGCUCAAAUGUAUAACGUUGGGUUCCAUCUACUACCUCGGUUCAUUUUGGGAAUGAAGAAACAGCAGAAGUGAACUUUUUUCCUCCUGGAAGUGAGCUUUUUAAAAGGUGCAACCUAGAUUUUUUUUGUUUUUUGUCCCACAGCAAGAGUGAGAGUUGAGGCUCAUGGGAAGAGACUUGGGGCUGAAAUGUGUACUUCUUAAAUUCCAUUUUUCUUUUAUUUUCUGGAACACAAGAAAGAAUACAAGCAAGUAGUGUAUAUUUCUAUUAAAAGAACAAGAGCAGAAGAUUAUGAUGUAUUCAAAAAUUGGGUCAUGUUAUAAAUUGGUAUUGGUAUAAUACACACGGUGGAUAUCAGGUGUAAACUGGUGUUGGUUACUACUAAUUGUGAUUUUUGGUAAUGGAGCAUUGUUGGUUA